AUGAGUGAAGUUGGCAUACAUAAUCACAGGAAGGCAGUGACAAAACCCAGAAGAAGAGAAAAAGUCAUCGAACUGAUUGAAGUGGAUGGCAAAAAGGUAAGUACGACAUCAACAGGUAAACGUAAAUUUCAUAACAAAUCUAAAAAUGGAUGUGACAAUUGUAAAAGAAGAAGAGUUAAAUGUGAUGAAGGAAAACCAGCGUGCAAGAAGUGCACAAAUAUGAAGUUAGAAUGUGUAUAUACGCCAAUUCAUUUAAGGAAAGGUAGGGGCGCAACAGUGGUAAAAUAUGUUACAAGAAAAGCCGAUGGUAGCGUCGAGCCCGAUUCUUCUGUAAAUCUAUCAACUGCGGUCAAGAAGGAGCAAACACCGUUCAAUGAUGUCCCGUCAGCGGUAAAAGCUUCAGAGUCAUCAAAUGAUUCUUUCCCAUCUAGUGCCUCCACAACGAAAAGUGAGAGCGAAGAAAAAUCAUCAGCUCCUAUAGAAGAUAAGAACAGUAUGACUCCUUUAAGUAUGGGUCUGCAGGGCACUAUCAAUAAGAAAGAUAUGAUGAAUAAUUUUUUCUCCCAGAAUGGCACUAUCAGUUUUGGAUCCCCUGAAAGGCUAAACUCAGGUAUUGAUGGCUUAUUACUACCACCCUUGCCUUCUGGAAAUAUAGGCGCAUUUCAACUGCAGCAGCAACAGCAGCAGCAGCAGCAAUCUCAACAGCAGCAGCAAUCUCAAUCUCAGGUGCAACCGCAAACAUCAAGUGGGACUCCAAAUGAAAGAUAUGGUUCGUUUGAUCUCGCUGGUAGCCCUGCUUUGCAAUCGACGGGUAUGAGUUUAUCAAAUAGUUUGAGUGGAAUGUUACUAUGCAAUAGGAUUUCUUCGGGUCAAAACUACACUCAACAACAGCUACAAUAUCAAUUACACCAACAAUUGCAGUUGCAACAACAUCAACAGGUUCAACUCCAGCAAUUCCAACAACUACGUCAAGAACAACACCAACAAGUUCAACAACAACAACAGGAACAACUCCAGCAAUACCAACAACAAUUUUUACAACAGCAGCAGCAAAUACUGCUCCAGCAAGAGCAACAACCUAAUGACGAGGAAGGUAGCAUUCGGGAGGAAAACAGCAAGAAAGUAAAAGGGGAGCAUUUACAAUCACACGCAGGUGAAACAAAUCUCAAUAGCGAUGCUGCCACGUUACAAGCAGAUGCAUUGUCACAGUUAAGCAAGAUGGGGCUAAGUCUAAAAUCUUUAAGUACUUUUCCAACAGCCGGUAUUGGUGGUGUUUCUUAUGACUUUCAGGAACUGUUGGGCAUUAAACUGCCAACAAAUAAUGGUAACUCGAGAGCUACAAAGGCCAGUAAUGCCGAAGAAGCCUUGGCUAAUAUGCAAGAGCACCAUGAACGUGCAGCCGCUUCUGUAAAGGGGAAUGACGGGCAACUAUCCGAUGUAAAGAGCCCGACACAGUCAAAUAAUACACAAGUAGGAAAUGGCGGUAUGAUGGAAUCACAAGGAACUGAUACUGUUUCAACAAUGGCUCCUAUAUCAAUGAUCGAAAGAAAUAUAAACAGCGAUGGUAACAUUUCUCCAUCGACUCCCGCUGCGGUGCUAGAUGGUACACAAGGGAUGCAAGAUUCUAUAGGACCUCUAGGAAAUUUGACAAAAGUGGCCUUGGAGAACAACGAACCAACAGUAGGCUUACAACCCUCACAGACAAGGGAUGAAGAUGAAAACUCGCAACAAGAUAUUGCUGGGAAAAUAAAUAACGAAGAUCGAAGUUCUAUUACAGUUGGCGCCAGUAGCAUUGCAAAGCUUUUGGAUCUUUCCACCAAAGGUAAUUUGAAUCUGAUAGACAUGAAAUUGUUUUAUCAUUAUUGCACAAAAGUGUGGCCCACAAUCACAGCCGCGAAAGUUUCUGGACCUGAAAUAUGGAGGGACUAUAUACCAGAGUUAGCAUUUGAUUAUCCGUUCUUGAUGCAUGCUCUGUUGGCAUUCAGUGCAACACAUCUUUCGAGAACUGAAACAGGACUGGAGCAGUACGUUUCAUCUCACCGUUUAGACGCUUUGAGAUUACUAAGGGAGGCUGUUUUGGAAAUCUCAGAGUAUAAUACUGAUGCGCUUGUUGCCAGUGCUUUGAUAUUGAUUAUGGAUUCUUUGGCAAAUGCCAGCGGUAAUGGUACAGUAGGCAACCAAAGUUUGAAUAGUAUGUCACCAAGCGCUUGGAUUUUCCACGUGAAAGGAGCAGCAACAAUUUUGACCGCUGUGUGGCCAUUAAGUGAGAGGUCCAAAUUCCAUAACAUUAUAUCUGUUGAUCUUAGCGAUUUAGGUGAUGUCAUUAACCCCGAUGUUGGAACAAUCACGGAAUUGGUAUGUUUUGAUGAAAGUAUUGCCGAUUUGUAUCCUGUCGGCUUAGAUUCACCAUAUUUGAUAACAUUAGCUUAUUUAGAUAAAUUGCACCGUGAAAAGAACCAGGGUGAUUUCAUUUUGCGAGUAUUCACUUUCCCAGCAUUACUAGACAAAACAUUUCUUGCAUUGUUAAUGACAGGUGACCUUGGCGCAAUGAGAAUUAUGAGAUCAUACUAUAAAUUACUUCGAGGAUUUGCUACGGAAGUCAAGGACAAAGUGUGGUUUCUCGAAGGAGUUACGCAAGUGUUACCUCAAGAUGUUGAUGAGUACAGUGGAGGUGGUGGUAUGCAUAUGAUGUUGGACUUCCUCGGUGGUGGAUUACCAUCGAUGACAACAACAAAUUUCUCGGACUUCUCGCUUUGA